AUGCCUGAAGGCGAUACAGUACCCUUUCUCAACGGCGAGGUUCCAGUCACAGGCGCAGAUCAGUCUGACGGUCAUGCUCCAACCAUCAGAGAGUUCACGGGCAAUGCGACUACCAACGGAGUUGAUGAGCAUGACCCCAUCGAGGCAGAUGCUAUUGUUAUAGGAGCAGGAUUCUCAGGCAUUACUGCCAUCGACCGACUACGAAAGGCUGGACUGAAGGUCAAGUGCUUCGAAUCCGGCGGCGAUUUCGGAGGGGUAUGGUACUGAAAUAGGUAUACCCUGUCCCUGAGAUGAUAUGACGACCAAACGCUAAUGUCCUACAGAUAUCCGGGCGCCAGGGUCGACUCUGAAGCUCCCUUCUACCAACUGAACAUCCCUGAAGUAUACAAUACGUGGAACUUCACAGAGCGCUUUCCCGGUCAUCAAGAAUUGAGGAGAUACAUGGCACACAUCGACAAGGUGCUCAAUCUGCGAAAGGACACAUACUUCAAUGCUCGGGUGGCGGAUGCUUCCUGGAACGAAAGCACCAAUAAGUGGACAAUCGAGACCGAGCAGGGCCACACCGCAAUCGCCAAAUAUCUCAUCCUGGCGUCCGGCCUCCUGCACCGAACGUACACGCCCGACUUUCCAGGACUUGGCGAUUACAAAGGGGAGGUACAUCAUUCGGGAGCGUGGCCCGAGAACUUCUCCGCCAAGGGCAAGAAGGUUGGUGUGAUCGGAGCUGGGGCUACUGGAGUCCAAAUCACGCAAGAGCUGGGAAAGGAUGCAGAUGAGAUGACGAUCUUGUUGCGGCGACCAAGCUACUGUCUGGCAAUGAAGCAACGGCCUCUGACAGUGGAGGAGCAGUAUCAGAUGAAGACCUUCUACAACGCGCUCUUCAAGGCUGGAAGAGAUUCCAUUGCUGGCUUUCCUAAUGCACAGCUCGGCAAGGGCGUCUUCGACGACACCGAAGAGCAACGUAAAGCCCAAUGGGAUUUCGCAUGGGAACAAGGAGGCUUCAAUUUCAAUCUGUCGGGGUACAACGAUAUCGUCAUCAAUCCUGAAGCUAAUGAGCUAGCGUAUCAGUACUGGCGGAGUAGAGUAUGCCAGCGCUUGACGGAUCCCGAAAAGCAGAAGAUCAUGGCCCCGGAAAAGGCACCUUACUACUUUUCCACCAAGCGGUCGCCUCUGGAACAGGAUUACUAUGAGGUCGUCAAUCAGCCGAACGUGUACCUUCACGAUUUGAAAGAAGCGCCACUGGAGCGUUUCACCGAGAAGGGAAUGCGCAUGGCUGACGGCAAGGAGUACGAAUUCGACGCUGUCGCCCUUGCGACGGGCUUCGACAGUUUCACGGGCUCGCUCACCAAGAUGGGCCUGAAGAACCGCGAGGGAGUGGAGCUCAAGGACCUCUGGCAGGACGGCGUAUCCACCUACCUCGGCCUCACCAUCUCCGGCUUUCCCAACAUGUUCAUGAGCUACACGCCUCAAGCGCCCACCGCUCUCUCCAACGGCCCAACGAUCAUCGAAGCCCAAGUCGAAACCGCAGUCGACAUGAUCAAAAAGCUCGAAAGCGAAGGCGUUCGGUAUUUCGAUCCCACCAAGGAGGCCGAGGAGGAGUGGAAGAGCAAUAUGAACGCGAUGACCAAACAUACCCUGUUCCCGUUCACGGACAGCUGGUGGAAUGGGAGCAACAUUCCGGGCAAGAAGUCGGAGAACAUGACUUACAUUGCGGGGAUCAAUAUGUAUGAGCAGCAGUGUCGGGCUACGAUGGAUGGGUGGAGAGGUUUCAGGAUUGUGAAGUAG